AUGGUCGCUCGCCCACAGUCGUCCGCCGCUGGCGCAAUUGCUCUGCUUGAAGAGCCAGAGCCAAUACUCAAGGAGCACGCUCUCAAAGUGCUUAUUUCCCUUGUCCCUCAGUUUUGGGCCGAAAUUUCAGAGUAUAUAGCUCUCAUUGAAUCACUCUAUGAGAGCAAGGAACUUUCUCAAGAUACUCGAUCAUCUGCUGCACUUCUUGCGAGCAAGGUCUACUAUUACCUGGAGGAGUACGAUGAGGCCCUAUCCUUUGCCCUCGGUGCUGGAAACGCGUUCGAGACGGACAGCCGCACACCAGGCUCGGAGGAAUAUGUUGAGACGAUUAUUUCCAAAGCAAUCGACCAAUACAUCCAAGCACGCUCAGAAGAGGCUGGCAAUGACAAGAACAUCGACUCCCAACUCCGCAACAUCAUUGAGGGAAUCUUCCGCCACUGCAUAGAGCAGGGCGAGUAUCGGCAGGCUGUAGGGAUCGCCCUUGAGUCUCAUCGCCUCGAUGUCAUCGAGCAAGUAUACUCACAAACCAAUGAUACAUCCCUACUCUCGUACGCCAUGGAGGCAGUCCUCGACAACAACUUCUCGCUUUCGUACCGCGACGAGGUCCUCAAUUUCCUCUACCGCCUUUUCCCUUCGCCUACCACGGACUCGAAGUCACCACAUAUCCACUCUCUGACUCGGCUUCUGGUGACGCUCAGCAGCCCAUCACUUACCACACCUCUCCUUGUAUCAUUGGUUCCCGGGGAGAAGCUGCUUGCGUAUCAGCUUGCCUUCGACUUGGUAGAGGGUGGCGCCCAAGACUUCCUGGAAAGUGUUCGUAACGAAUUGCCCGAGGAAGACGGGGACUCGAAGCCCAUAUUUGACACCAUUCGAAAAAUUCUGAGUGGCCAAGAAUCCGUCAAACUGUACCUCGAAUUCUUGAAGCGCAACAACAAGACCGACUUACUCAUUCUGAAGAAUACCAAGGACUCUUUGGAACCACGCUCAUCCGUAUAUCACUCGGCACUGAGUUUCCAGAACGCUUUCAUGCACGCUGGGACAACUUCGGAUAUAUUCUUGCGGGAGAAUCUCGAAUGGCUCAAUUUCGCUUCCAACUGGUCGAAGUUCACUACCACGGCCGCACUCGGUGUCAUUCAUAAAGGCAAUUUCGAACAGGGCAUGAUCAUCCUCGGCCCUUACCUGCCCAACCAAGACGGGUCCCAAAGCACCCUUCCCGGCGCUGCAUACUCAGAAGGUGGUGCGCUUUACGCGCUUGGCCUGAUUCAUGCUGGAGUUGGGAGCGGAAAUACGGUGGAGAAUUACUUGAGGGAAACGCUGAAAGCUGCCCAAGGAGAGGUCGUUCAACAUGGUGCCGCUUUAGGACUGGGUGUGGCGGGCAUGGGUGGUCGCAACCAGGAAGCGUACGAUGAUCUGAAGCAGACUUUGUUCACCGACUCUGCUGUUGCUGGUGAAGCGGCGGGAUACGCAAUCGGGUUGAUCAUGUUGGGCACCGCAGACAGUGCCUGCUCUGCGGAGAUGUUGCAGUACGCGAGGGAGACCCAACACGAGAAGAUCAUUCGUGGUCUCGCAAUUGGCCUUGCGUUCCUAUACUACGGCCGUCAAGAAGAGUCCGACGAGAUCACCGAACAACUUUUGGCUGAGAAGGAUCCCAUCCUGCGGUAUGGUGGCGUCUACACCCUGGCUCUCGCGUAUGCCGGAACAUCGAAUAACGACGCUGUCCGCAAACUCUUGCACAUCGCUGUUUCCGACACGUCUGAUGAUGUCCGGCGUGCGGCAGUCACAUCCUUGGCCUUCCUCUUGUUCAAGAAUCCUACACAGGUUCCUCGCAUCGUCCAGCUCCUGAGCGAAAGUUACAACCCUCACGUACGAUGUGGUGCCACGCUCGCUCUGGGUAUCGCUUGCGCAGGUACAGGUCUUCAGGAUGCUGUGGAUAUCCUCGAGCCUAUGACCAAGGACAGCGUCGAUUUCGUCCGACAAGGUGCCUUCAUCGCCCUCGGAAUGAUCCUUGUCCAGCAAUCGGAGGCCUCUUCCUCUUCCAUGGCGUCUACACGCGCACUGUACGCGAAGAUCGUCGCUGACAAGCACGAAGACCCCAUGGCUCGCUUUGGUGCUGCAUUGGGCCAGAGCUUCAUCGAUGCCGGUGGACGGAAUGUCACUAUCAGCCUUCAGAGUCGCGCAGGGACGAAGAACACCAGCGCUAUUGUUGGAAUGGUGAUGUUCUGCCAAUUCUGGUACUGGUACCCUCUGGCACAUUGUGCGUGCUUGGCGUUCGAACCCACUGGAAUCAUCGGUUUGAACGAGGAUCUGAAGGUACCGCAAUUCGACUUCAUCUCGAACGCUCGUCCCAGCCUGUUCGCCUACCCACCCUCUGCCAAAGCACCGAAGAAAGAGGUUGCCACGAAGGUUGCCACCGCUGUUCUUUCGACCACUGCCAAGGUCAAGGCUCGCGAAAGGAAAAAAGCUGCGGCAGAAGGAGAGGCUAUGGACACGGACGAGAAAGAGAAGAAGGAAAACGACGUCGAGAUGAAGUCCGACGAGCCAUCCUCAUCCGGACAACAUGGCGAUGUUUCCCCCAUUAACGGUUCAAUCUCGAACUUGCCCGAGGAUGGCAAAGCGUCAAAGCGUAAAGAACCUACCUCAGAGAACCUGUCCAACUUCUCUCGCGUCACGCCUGCCCAGUUCGCGUACAUUACCUUGUCACCCGAUAGCCGUUACCAACCCGUGCGCCCCGUUUCGACACGAUCGGCACCGGCGAGUGGCAAGGGCAAGGUUGGCAAAGCGUCGCUGUCGGCUUCUUCGUCAAAAUACGCUGGAGGAGGAGGUAUCUUGAUGCUCCUGGACCAAAAGCCUGACGAACCCGCCGAGCUCGUCGACCUUCAGCCACCUGCACAACAAGCGCCCGCCGAGCAAGCGGCUCCGGCACCGGCACCGGGUGCGACGCCACGGACUGGUUGGGCAGCGGCGUUGGAGGCGGGACCGGAGGCAGAACCACCGUCGUCGUUCGAGGUAUGA